AAAAUAACAAGUAAGAAAUAGAAAAGAAUAGAGAUUGCGCGAAUGCGUCUCUCUCGCGUCUGUAUAUGUUGUCCAUAUAUACAUUCAUCACAUAUAUAUACGUAUCGUACGCACACAAAUCACAAAUCGAGAGAUCAAUAUCAGGAUGGCGGCGAGAGAGGAGCGGCUUCGCUCCGUGUAAUCGUGUAUUGAGAAAAAAAGAAGAGAAAAUGGCACGCGGCUUUUUUCGCCGGUGGACGACGCGACGAGGGUGUGCUUCCACGAGGCGUCAUUACCGGACGGCGACCAGGUGCCGAGGAUCGCGUUAACGAUCUGACAGGAGAGCAACGGGGAGACUUGACAGACGACAGAUAACUGCAUACGUGCUUUGCAACGCGACCAGCGAUUUAUCUUCGAUCACCAUGGCGAAAGAGAUGAUGAUAGUAUUUGUUUACGACACUAUAAAGUGUUGUAAAGAAGAGGAUGACCCUGCUGAAGCAGUCAUGUAUUUUCAUCCAGCUUGGGUAUCUCUCACACAAAGAUUGGCUUUGGCAGGUCAGCUAAUGGGUGUUUAUCAUUUUCUGUCAACAUCGUUUUCAGCACCACGUUCUAUCACAUUACAAGGUGGAAAGUUUGUGUUGAAGAAAUUUGGGCAGUAUGUGCUGGCAGUAGGAACCGAUAGAAACAUACAUGAUUGGAUACUCGAGAGACGCGCCGACAUUCUGGAAUCGUUGUUGAAAUUUUUCCAUUGUGAUCUCAUAAAAAUAUUAGAAUCCCUCAACAACGAUCAUAAUAGAUUCACUGAGAAGUUGUAUCAGAUGUUUGAGACCUAUCUGCCAAUUCUUCAACACAGUGCCAAUCUAUUUUCCAGCAUUCCUGUAAUUAAACUUCCAAAGAGUGCUAGCAACAUAUUUUUGGAAGGGAUGCAAAUGUUGCAGCAUUAUCAAGAAAUAAACGGCAUUUUAGGAGGAGCAUUAUUCUAUAAUAACAAGAUAGUCUCAACACAACUAGGAGCGGAUUUAACAAAACAAAUCGUCAUAACUGAUCCUUAUAGGAUAAAGGCUCCCGCAGAAAGAAUACCCACAGAAUUCCAUUUGCCGAUCGGCGUUCAAUUAUUACAAGUGUAUAUAGAACGAAAGCAGUUUGCAAAGUUGAUGCAAGAGGCAAAUAACGAGCGAUAUUACAAUUCAUGUCUGGACACUGUGACUAAGAAAGUAUUGCAAAGGAAGAAUGUGUCUAAAAGCGGCAUCAAGGAGCUUCCUAUCAUGUCCGCUAUGAAAAGAGAUACUUCACGGAUAUUCACCGUUCCCGAAGAAGGCGAGUUAGACUCUGCGAAUUAUCCGCCAGCGUCGCAAUACGUAUCGUCAGUACCGCUCACGAUCAAUCACGAAUCGCCGAACAGACGCAAGCAGGAGAUCAAACCAGAGCGUCCUAAGAUUAGCAGUACCAUAGUCAAUCCGCUCACGCCCAGCAUCUGCGCAACGCCGUUGAAGGAUGUGGACCGAGUGUUGCACGGAAACGCCAUGCUCAUCUGCUCGUCUGAGAGCGGCGAGAACGACGAACAUCGAAGUUCAUUGAAAAACAAUGACGAUGAUGAUAUUCCCGACGUCGUUAAAGAGGCGCUCAGGUGCAAACGUCUAAACAAACUGAAAAACGCUACCUCGAAGAAAAAACUGAUGAAGAGAAAGGAUCCUGAUCGGAAGAGUGUGAGCCUGCCGGAUCUAACGUCAUCGAUUAAACCACGCUUGAACGGUCUUCCUAGGACUUAUCGACCGGAACUGGACAAAAUAUUGUACAAAUUCAGUGAAGCUUCACCAGAUGACCACGAUUCGAAUUCAUCCCAGCGGAAACUCGUCACAAGCAAUAAACGAUACUCGCGCACCAUCACCGAUCCCAGUUAUCCCGUCUUUCGAUGCGACGGUCUUCCGGUCUCGCAGUCGUUGUACGAGCAGUAUGUCGCUUCUCAUUGCGAGGAGUUGCGCAAUGACGGCGGCAACAGCAGUGCCAUUCAUGAACGUUGCAACGACGAUGACAAUCUGCAAUCGAGGAAUCUAUCGAGCGACCUGAGCGCAAAAUUAUCGAUGAAUAGCAGCUCAAGUUCGAGUACAAAAGAUGCUGGUGAAGAACGCAUCAAACCUGGCUACGACAAAACCAAACAGGAGACAUACAAGAGAUCGAUGAGUCUACCGCUGAAGCCCCUCAACGUUGUCACCGAGAUACAAGACGGUGACGAUCGACGAAGAUCGACAUCAGAAUGUGGCGGCAAUUCGUGCGAUUUCCCACAGAGGCGCAAGCUGGACGGUCUACAAUUAACACCGUUAAUGUCAAAGCUGAGCUUGCUGGCCGAUGAACGAACUAGCGGUUUUUGCAGUCGUGAUACGACGCCGAGUGAAUUCCGCGAUCUCUCCGGAUUCUCCAGCAGUGCAGCCACAGCCAUCACCGCAACAACAACGACGACGAUGAAUCGGUUGAUGAGGCAGAAGUUAGAAUCGGUGGAAAAGGAGGCCAGCGACGGCGAGGAUGAGCUAGACGAGGAUUGGGUCAACAAGGAUGAUCCCACUGCCUGUCUUGAGAAGACUGAGCUUUUCCUCUGUGGCUAUCAAAAUAUGGUGUUGGUGCUGCUCAUGGAAAAUGGUACUGCGAACAAUCCGGAUUUGAUACAUGCUCUGUGGCAUACCUGUGUGAGCACGUUGGGUAAACUCGAAUCGCGGCUGCAGCAGUGUUUGGAACCAAUGCCAUCAACAGAAAACAAAGAACUGUACAGUAUUUUAAGUGUAGAUCCGCAAUGGGACACGGUGCAACGUUCCGGACUCUGGGGCGUCACCGAACUGGACAUAGUCUCUUGUCUCCAUGACAGAUUUACACAAACAAGCAGUUUAACGGAUAUUAUCGUCAGAACGGAGGAUACGGUGGUUUACGGUAAUCAGUGUGGAGGAGUAGAAGUGUUUUAUCAACAAGUGGUGGCACCGAGCGCUUUUGCAGUUCUUCCGACCCCGGCAGAUCUGAUGGGAAUCGUAGCACUCAAGGCAAAGCGCCGAUUAGAAAGGGAUCACGGGAUCGUGCUACUGUAAAUCAAGAAACGUACGUCGCUUCCUCUUUUCAGGAAAAGUGAGGAAAAUAAUAUACACACAUAUAUGUUUACUAUUUCGCUUAUUUCGCUCCUCGGCAAAGAAAACGAUGAGUUGAAAUCCAAUUCAUAUUUUGAAUACAAUUACAAAGAGAAAAAAGAAUCGAAGACAUUCCGUCAGUUAUAAAUCGAGAUGAGAUAAUUUUAACAGGAUAUGCUGACAUUUUUCUACUGAUAUUUUUGUAAUCUGUGAUUUUCCAAUGUAUCAAGUGUGUAAUUACAAGAAAAAUGAUCAUGGAGAGGAAAGAAAUAAUCAAAGAAGUUUUUUUAUAUAUCAUUGCAAUAUAUCUAUAGUAUUCCUAUCACUUACUGCACGAGUCGAGAAAUUUUCUAUGAUGAUAAUAAUAAUUGUCGACCAUCUGAUUUAUAUUUUAUCAUCUCAUUAAUUGCGCAGAUAUUAUAAUGAAUGUUAUUUAUAUUAUAUAUGUUAUUGUAUAUAAAAUGUUUUAGGAUCGAUGGAAAGUAGAUGCACAAUGUUAUUGCCUUUAAAACUGAGAAAGAUAGUUUUUAAUAUUUUUUUUUUGACAUGUGUAUUCUGAGAUAUGUUAAUAGUAUAAAUAAUUUAGAAAUACAAGUUUCUCAAGGAUUAAAGAGCCUUAGAGAUAAAGAUAAGUAAUAUUAUAUUAUUGAAUAAUUCCACUCGAAGUUUUUUACUUCGCAAGAAAAAUAAUACUAUAUUUCUUCAUCAUCCAUCAAUUCUCGAACAUCUUAUAUAUAAUUGAUUCAUUGUAUAUAUAUGUAUGCAUAAUAAGCCAUUAAGUUAUUUGCAUUUUAAUCGAUAAGCGUCCAGUUUUGCUAGAGCGAAAAUAGAAUUGAAAAUAUAUUCGUGAGAGGAGAAAAACGGAGGUCAGUAUUCAGUUAACACGCUGCGUCCAGUAUUUAUAAUCGCCCGAACUGCUUUUGUAGAUAAAAAAAAGAAAAGAAAUAGUGAUAUUUAUAAGAUAUUAAAAUCGUCUGAAUUGGUAUUGUCAAUUGUAAUGUAAGGAUAUUUCAUGCAUCUUUUUUUGCAACUUUUUAUCGGCGUCUCGAUACUAAAUCCGUUUUUAUCGCGAUAUUUGGGUGAAAAUCGAUGAUCUUGCGCAAUAAUCAUCCGCAAAACGAGUUUUUAGCAAGAACGAUAUGCGAAUAAUCCCCAAAUUUUUAGAUUGCGGUUUAAAUGUUAAUAUAUUGCAUUUUUAGCGAGCAAAGUGAAUCGCAUUGCGUGGCGAGAUCUUCUCUUUAUAUUUAAUAGUUUUCCUUAUCUGUCUUUUAUUUAAGAGGAAAACUAUAAUAAAGUGAUUCGUUUUUCAA